AUGUCGGUUCAGGAUUGGAAUGGCACAUCGCAGUACAUGAUGUCGUCAUUGUCUCCACAAACUGCUGUCAAGGGCGGAGAAAACAAAUGUGAUUGGGUCUGGAACGAAAUCAAAUCCGAAGCUCACCGCAACGUCGAAUCUGAACCAGACCUCGCCAGAAAGAAACUCUACUCCUCCACUUUCCUCUCCACCCUCCUCUACGAUCUUUUCCUCAACACAUUCUCCUCCGACCCAUCUCUUCUCUCCGCCACCGUCGCCGACAUAUGCACCGCUUGUCAACGAGACCCUGCGUGCAUCUCCUUCGCUAUAAUAGGCAGAUUUGACACUGCUCUGGCUGCAGCUAGGUAUGUUUACCUUGGAUUAUUUGACAACGAAGUAGAAGCUGCAAGGGCUUAUGAAAAAGUUGCCAUUAAAUGUAAUGGCAAGGAAGCUGUCACCAACUUUGAGCCAAGCAUCUAUGGAGCUGAUAUAAGCUUGGAAACCAUGGAUGAAGAAGGUAUUGCAUUGCUUGCUUAUGAAUAUUCACUAUUCCAUUCCUUGAAUAGAUGA